AUGUCCUCAGAUCACCCAGAGAUACCCACCCUCCACUCCAAAGCCGAGUAUCUCCGCGCCGUAAUGUACGAAGGCGUCACAAUCCUCGAAGGCACAGCAACUUGGUGCAAAAACUGCCACAUCAUUGCGCCUGAAGUCGCUAAGAUGGUGACUGAGUACCCAAAUGUCAAGUUCUACACGUAUGAUGUUGAAGAGUGUGAGGAUAUUGCGCAGGAGUUGGGGGUGAGGUCUAUGCCGACGUUUAGUGUGUUCAAGGAUGGGGAUAUCAUGCAGGGGGUUACGGGCGCGAAGCCGAAGGAGAUUAGGAAGGCGAUUGAAGGGUGUUUAAUCAAGAGGCAGAUGACCAAACUUGCGGUAUACGAACAGAUAAUCGCGCGACCAAGCAACACGAUCGAAAAUAAGUGUACGUCAAUCAUCAAAGCCAAACAGCAGAUCUUGCAGGCAACGCUCAAGGCCAAUCAAAAACGAUACACGAACAUGGUGGUGAUGUCUCCCAUGAAACAUCUACCCAUAUACUAUCACGUACCGGCAAUCUCAAUCUCAGAACUAUCACGAUUCACGUCCACUGAAGUAAAAGCCUUUGAGAAUGUUACCACUAUCCAUCUCUCACUCUUCCAACUCACUGUCAAUCGCGCUGUCUUAGAGCAAGAGAUUCGAAACAUCAGAUCGAAGGAACGAAGGCAAACCGAGCCUGUCAAGUUCAUAGAUGCUGUGAAAGAUGCCGAAGAGAUACAGGACAUCAAGAGCAUCAUCAAGGAGUGUGGAGACACAAUGCGGGAGCAUGAGUCCUGGAUCAUGUCCCUUCAUUUGAAAGUGUGGGCAGCGACAAACGCGGCGAACCGUGCGGCUAAGAGUGACGUCGAGAUGCCUAGGAUCAGUACACGGUCUCUUUCACCUGCAGCCACAGCCAUCGCUGCUACCCCUUUGUCUGCACCCACUCCAGCCACUACUGCGUGUGGCAUAGCUACCGUCGAGCCCAUCAAAAUCGCCUCUGUUCAGGUUGCGGUCGCAGAUAGACCGCCUGAAGUUAAAGCCGCCGCGAAGGAUAUCAAAGCCCGUAAGGCUUCAAAUGUCGUAGCAACUGUCCCAAAAAGCACGACUGCUAUCACCAAAGGGGACAAAACGCUCUCGAGUAUUACGCUGUGCGCGACAAGAAAGCAAUUCGCCAACGUGAAGAACGUAGAGCGAACAAAAUUUGUUGUUGGCGACAUCGGCUGGUUUCCCAUUCUACGCCCCUCUGUAUCUAAAUCUUCAUUCGACAUCUAUACCGAGUUCGGCUACAUCUGCGCUAAAUCAUACCCACUCAUCAUCGUGGAAACGUUGGAGGAUUGCAUGCUAGGUCUUGUCAUCUCCACAUCAAACGGAAAUGGCUUGCGCCUGAAGUGCGAUGCUGUGAAAAGCCGAAGUGCUCUCCUCGUCAAUGAAACAUCACGGAACCCUACCUUUUCUGACUGGGGCCAAGAAUUAUUUCCUAGAAAGAUGCUUCGGGUCAAGGGUUCCAGCGAAUAUAGCCCGGCCGCGGGCGCUUACGUUGACAUGCUGAAUGUAAUCAUGAUACCCUAUGACACAAGGUUCCAGAAGAAAGGCAUGGACUUCCUCGGCGACACCUCGCAUCAUGAUUACAAGCCUAUAUCGCCAAUAUGGCCUGCUGUAGUCUCCGAAAAUAUGAAACACCUUCGGGGCAUGAUUGCGAACGAGGCUCUCGCGAUCGAGCUCGAGCAAGAACGGAUGAGGUCACUGUUCCCACAGUACAGCAAGAUGAGGUGGGAUGGAGCGACGUCCAAAGAUCUAGCAGAUAAAGAGGCGGAGCUGGAGGGAAUCUCGGCAAAGCUCAAGAGAUGCGUUCAGAAUUUCGAAACAUAUGUGGUAGAAUGGAACAAAGCGAUAGAGCAUGCCGAGGUAGGAGUGAAGAGGAAGAGGACUGCUCAGGAGGGAGUGGAUAAUGAGGGAUCGCCACCGCCCGCCAGCAAGGCGAAGACCUCGGAGACGGAUACCGCAUCUGAUCUGCCUCGAUUCGAAGAAUCGCCUUCUACCAUUCCACGUCCUAUCGUACAGAAUCGGUAUAAGUCUGUUCGCAACGUCGACCCCAAGACCAUCAGUGUCGGCGAUAUCGGCUGGGCGCCGCUACCACGCAUGGCCCUAAGCAAUUCGAUCAACAAGACCAUACCAUCCGAGUAUGGCAAGGUGAGCAUCAAGGUCUAUCCGUUUAUCAUUGUCAAGAAGCUGGAUGACUGCAUGCUCGGGCUCGUCAUCUCAACUGCCAGAGGCCAUGGUCUCAAGAACAAGGAAGCCUCCGUACGCCAGCGAAGCUGCUACGUCACUGGACCCAAUUUCAAGGGCUUCGACGAUCCACCUUUCGGUUGGGCCAUGAGCCCUCGAUGUCAGAACUUAGUGGUUGCGGGAACAGGCUAUGAACCUGCAACAGGCGCUUUUGUUGAUAUGCUGGACAGUCACAAGAUCUACUACAAUUCCAGGUUUGAGAAGAGUGGGUGCCUUACAAUUCAGAGUAGGGUUGAUCUGGGACGAAUGAGGCUGUCGGCACUACUUUGGGGUGCGAGUGAGGGCUGA